GCCCUCCGCCCGGCGCGCUCCCCCGGCGGCGCGGCGCUCGCCUCCCAGCCCUCGCGCCCGCGCUCGCCCUCAGCGCGGCCCCCGCCAUGACGGAGGCGGGUGCCGGUGCCGCUGCCGUCGUCGCAGGGGGGGAGUCGGGCUCCCAGAAAGUAGCUUGAUGAGUGUCCAAAGUAGCAGUGGAAGUUUGGAGGGGCCGCCAUCUUGGUCCCGGCUCUCCACGUCUCCAACCCCGGGCUCGGCGGCGGCCAGGUCCCUGCUGAAUCACACGCCGCCAUCCGGGAGGCCCAGGGAAGGUGCAAUGGAUGAGCUUCACAGUCUGGAUCCAAGAAGGCAGGAAUUAUUGGAAGCGAGAUUUACUGGAGUUGCAACUGGGAGCACCGGGAGUACAGGGAGUUGCAGUGUUGGUGCGAAAGCUUCAACAAACAAUGAAAGUUCUAAUCACAGUUUUGGAAGCUUAGGAUCUCUAAGUGACAAAGAAUCAGAGACACCAGAGAAGAAACAAUCUGAGUCAUCCAGGGGAAGAAAGAGAAAAGCAGAAAAUCAGAAUGAAAGUAGUCAGGGAAAAAGUAUUGGAGGACGUGGCCACAAGAUUAGCGACUAUUUUGAGUACCAAGGUGGAAAUGGCUCGAGUCCAGUAAGAGGCAUACCUCCUGCAAUCCGUUCUCCACAAAACUCACACUCACAUUCCACUCCUUCCUCAUCUGUUCGACCGAAUAGUCCUUCUCCUACUGCAUUAGCUUUUGGGGACCACCCUGCUGUACAACCAAAGCAGUUAUCCUUUAAGAUCAUUCAGACUGAUCUUACAAUGCUGAAAUUGGCAGCAUUAGAAAGUAAUAAAAAUCAGGACCUGGAAAAAAAGGAAGGUCGGAUAGAUGAUUUGCUCAGGGCCAAUUGUGAUCUCAGGCGGCAAAUAGAUGAUCAACAAAAAUUACUUGAAAAAUACAAGGAACGAUUAAAUAAGUGUAUAUCAAUGAGCAAGAAGCUUCUUAUUGAAAAGAGUACACAAGAAAAAUUGUCAAGCAGAGAGAAGAGUAUGCAAGAUCGGUUACGCCUUGGGCACUUUACAACAGUUAGACAUGGCGCUUCUUUUACAGAACAAUGGACAGAUGGUUUUGCAUUUCAAAAUCUUGUGAAGCAACAAGAAUGGGUGAAUCAACAAAGGGAAGAUAUUGAACGGCAAAGGAAACUUCUAGCCAAACGCAAACCUCCCACAGCUAAUAAUUCUCAGGCACCUGCUACCAAUUCUGAACCCAAACAAAGGAAAACCAAGGCAGUGAACGGAGCGGAGAAUGAUCCCUUCGUUAGGCCAAACUUACCACAACUGCUGACUCUGGCAGAAUAUCAUGAACAAGAGGAAAUUUUCAAGCUUAGACUAGGACAUCUCAAAAAGGAAGAGGCUGAAAUCCAGGCAGAACUGGAACGUUUGGAAAGAGUAAGGAAUCUUCACAUACGAGAGCUCAAGAGAAUAAACAAUGAGGACAAUUCACAGUUCAAAGAUCAUCCAACGUUAAAUGAAAGAUACUUAUUGCUUCAUCUGCUUGGAAGAGGAGGCUUUAGUGAGGUCUAUAAGGCGUUUGACUUAUAUGAGCAAAGAUAUGCUGCUGUGAAGAUCCACCAGCUUAAUAAAAGCUGGAGAGACGAGAAAAAAGAGAACUACCACAAACAUGCCUGCAGAGAAUAUCGAAUACACAAAGAACUGGACCACCCCAGAAUAGUUAAACUUUAUGAUUACUUCUCUUUGGAUACAGAUACGUUCUGUACAGUGCUAGAGUACUGUGAGGGCAAUGACCUGGACUUCUACCUGAAGCAGCACAAGCUGAUGUCUGAGAAGGAAGCUCGGUCUAUCGUGAUGCAGAUUGUGAAUGCCUUGCGGUAUCUCAAUGAAAUCAAACCUCCUAUAAUACAUUACGACCUGAAGCCAGGAAAUAUCCUUCUAGUUGAUGGAACAGCAUGUGGAGAAAUCAAAAUCACUGACUUUGGUCUGUCCAAGAUUAUGGACGAUGAUAGCUAUGGUGUUGAUGGAAUGGACCUGACUUCCCAAGGGGCAGGCACUUACUGGUAUUUACCUCCUGAGUGCUUUGUAGUUGGAAAAGAACCGCCGAAGAUCUCCAACAAGGUUGAUGUGUGGUCAGUUGGAGUCAUCUUCUUCCAGUGUCUCUAUGGGAGAAAACCAUUUGGUCACAAUCAAUCUCAACAAGACAUUCUUCAGGAAAACACAAUACUAAAAGCCACAGAAGUCCAGUUCCCUGUAAAGCCAGUUGUAAGCAGUGAAGCCAAGGCCUUCAUAAGACGCUGUUUGGCUUACCGAAAAGAAGAUCGAUUUGAUGUACACCAGCUGGCAAAUGACCCAUACCUUCUGCCACACAUGAGAAGAUCAAAUUCUUCAGGAAACCUACACAUGUCUGGGCUGGCAGCAGCUCCCACACCUCCUUCUUCAAGCAUAAUUACUUACUGACUCUCCUCCAACAGUGGCAUGAUUUCUUUGAUUGGCUUCCAGAUGCCUACUUGAAUUUGAGUGCAUUUGAGUGUUUUUGUUUUUGUUUUUCCACGGGACAUGGUUAAGAAGCGAUUGUGAACUAAAGCUCUCCCUGGAGUCACUUGUGUGAGAGUGGAUCAUGGACAGUGGCUGAGUGCGUACUCCUCAUGCUCCUGGAGCAGCAUGACACAGGAACACCAUGUUACACUAGAAGGAGGACACUGUAAAUAACGUUUAUAAUGCCUAAAUAUAUUUGAUUGUUACCAGAGAGUUCUCAUAUGAAGGGUAGUUUUUCAUUAUUUAAGAACACAUGGAAAAAUUAUGAGACAUUUCUAAGACGGGAGCUACAGGGCCUGGUACAGCGUCAGCACUCGGCAGCUCAUCUGCAGAAACCAAAGCGAGAAUGGAGUGACAGCGGCCGGUGUGUUUUAUAACGGAAUGUGAGAAUUAGGGUUUUGGACAGUUACAGACUUUGUCAUUUGCCUAUUCUGGCUUUUACCAAGUUGUACCUCGAAUCACAAAUCCGUGGUCCGCCGCACCCCCAUCCCCCCUUAACUGGUUGUGUUAAAGGGAGAGCUGUCAUUUCUGGACACUUUACACCUUUAACACAAAGAGCUGCCUAUUUCAAAUCAGUUAAAGUUACUAAAUUAUAGUAUUUCCAGGGCUUUCAGUGUUUUAGAAUUAACAGGCAUUUUUCUUUUGUUUCCAGGCCUCGUUCAUUAAAAUAGGAGACUGUGUAACCCAAAGCAGGCCAGUUCUAUGCAGGAUGAUGAUAAAUUCCCUUCUGGCUCUAUUGUAAAUUACUGUACAGAUGUCAUAUUACAAUUACUGAGUUUCAGCAGCUUAUUCUUGUACAAAUGUUUAAAAAUACGGCUUUUCUAAUUGGAUAUUGUAUUUUUUUUAAGUCUUCUUGAAGGCGCUUUAAUUGCUGCUAAAUGAUAUUGCUUUUUUGCUAAAAAAAAAAUUGAAUGACCUCCUUGAAGGCACAAGUUGACUGUACAUCAUAGAGAGAUAUUAAAAGCAGGCAUUCAUUAACAAUCAAGGCAUGUGAAAUGAUCCAUGUUAGGCAUAUUGAGUUCUUUAAAUCAGUCUUUUAGGUUCUAGAGCUGUGGAGCACAUAGAUACUAGAUUUAUAAAUUGUUCAUGGUUAUUCUACAUUUCUAGAAAGCUCUUAGCAUCAAGGUGGGAUCACAGUCCCAUAGAAUGUUUCUUGUGGUUUGUACAGAUUUGUUAAAAUGUGAACAUUUUCUAACUGCCUUGUGUAGUAGAAACCAAUAUUUUUCAGGAUGCUGUAUUUCAUUCUUGUAGGGAAUUGUUUUUCUUUAUUGUCACAGUCAUAAUGCUGAGACUUCCACGUGAGCUGUCCACGGUGCAGAAAACAGGCUUUCCCUACCAAAUGCCCUUUAACGUGUUCAGCUAAACUGUGGCUCUUACUUGAUGUUGCAAGCCAUUUUGUUUUUUGUUCUUUGUUUCCCCCCCCCCCCCAUUGUACAUAGACAACAUUGUUUGUUUAAGAUGCUGCUGGAAUUAUAGAGAAUGUAGCCAAACAGUAAUAAACAAUGACAGUUAAAAUGUAAAGACUAUGAAGAUUACAUUCAAAGAGAGUUUUCAAGAUGUAGGGUACUAACUUAGCUCUUUACUGCCAAAGUUGGUGAGUAGUUUCCUUAAGCGUACUCAAGUAUGAAGUGUCAUCAGGGCUCAUCCUGGAGGCACCUCACAAGCAUCAGGAGCACUUUCAGGGUGGGGCUGACUCCUUUGUGGAUUAGGAUAGGAACCCCUGAGCGCGCUGACACGGUCACUAGGCGCUGGCAGUCACUGAGGGCUUGCAGUUGCCGCCUGUAAGUUUAAAGUUGGACAGUUGAGCAUGUGCGGGCUGAGUGGGACGGGGUCUGAUACCAGCACAUUUGCAAGUGAGUGAGAGGAACCGAGUGUCAGACCCUAAAGGAAGCGAGGCGGGGAGAUUUGAAUGUGAGGCCAGGUUGAGCUCUAGAAAGACCAGACCGCGUCUCAAAAACACCAAGAAGGAAAGGGAAGAGAGGAGGAAAAUAGAAGAAAAUUGUUUCCUUGAGUUCAUUUCAGAAUCAAGAGGUGUGUGUUGGGGCAGAGGCUGUUGAGAUGGCUCACCAAGCCUGUUGACCUGAGUGCUGGAAGGAGAGAAUCGCUACACACUAAUGUUUAGAAAAAAUGUAAGUAAAAGUGUAUCAAGAUGAAUCAACUUACCCAUGUCUUUCAAGUUUUUCCAAAUACUUGGGCUAAAUGAACCACUUCGCAAGGAACUGGUGCUUAUGGUUAAAUAAUUUCCAUGUUGCUCUGGCAGUUUCAACUCGUUUGUUUUGAGGUUUUAGUUGUUUCCUUGUCUUCUGGAGCCAGCACUUUCUGCAGGUCAAGCCUGGAGUUGUCACCCUUGAAAGUCGCCAUACAGGUCGGGGGUGUAGUUCAUUGGUAGGGCGCUGUACUUAGCUCAUGUAGGGUCAGUCCUCAGAAUCCCUUCCCCCAAAAUAAAACAGUAAACACAUUCGAUUUAGUAAUGUGACCGUUGAGGGGAAUGAAGUGUGGAAGCUGUUACAACAACGGGGAAGUUGGGGCAGGGCAUGUGUGGGUUUUCCUUGUGGUCACCCUCGUUUUCCUAUGAAAGAACUUGCGUUCAAAUGUGAACAAACUUCUGCAAAUACCUCAUUAGAGGGAGCCAAAAUGGUGGGGUCUCAACAAAACAUCACUGUAUUGUCCAGCUUUUGGUGUUUGCCUUGACCUAUUAAAUGCACUGUUGAUGACUGUU